AGGCUGCAGAGGGACGUAACAUACACUGACAGUGACACACACACACACAAACAGUUGCGCAAAAUUGGAGGUGUAACCACAAGCAUGUAUAAAAGAACUUUGUGAUGUGCCGUAUUUUCAUUUCUUCAUUCAUCAGCUUCUUUUGACAUCACAGACAGAGUUACUAAGAACAGCAAUGGCAUCAGUGACUGUUUGCAGCACCACCAAAGGCUUGUUCCUCAUGUUCACCCUGCUGUCUCUGGUUUGCCUUUCAAGCGCACUGAUAGACAAGGAGCUGAAACAACUCAAAGAAAACUAUCAGAACAUAAAACAACAAAUGGACAGACUGAAGGCUGAGCGUGAGGAAAGAGUGAACUUACGUUCUGAACUGUUGAGUGAAUACUUGAGCCUUGUGGACCCGUUGAUCGCACUGAUGAAGAAAUCUGCAAAGGUUUUACCUGAUGGUUUUCCUCAAGUUGACAAAUUUAUAGAGAGCAUUAUGUAUUAUGCGAUUGAAAUAAAGGCUAACAGUGUCAAGGAGAAUGAGGAGAUGGGUGAGAAAAUAGAGGAACGUGAAAUGAAACUGGGACAACUGAAAAAACAGAUUGAAGUCCUCGAGGAAAAGCAAGCAGAAUUGUAACUUCCAUGUCAGUCAUUUCAUUUUUCUCUAAUAAUGCAUCUUUUGUAUCUGUGGUUAGUUUCUAUUUCAUAUAGUACAGCUUCUCUUAACUUCAGUUUAACUUUUUUUUAGAGCUGUCAUUCUUCUUUACUGUCUGAUAUUAACAAAAAAAAAACAUUUCACUAUCAGCUACCAUUGUACCCAGGCUCAUAUGUGCUGAUGACAACUUUUAAGAAUACAUUUCCAGUUGGUACUUGUUUUUCUGCCAUUACUUAAAUAUAGAAGUGGAAACAAUGUUUAUAUAAAAUGCAAACUGCCACACAAUAAAGACAUUUACCUGC